AUUCUCUUUGUUUGGUUCUGAUAUGUUUUGAUUUUAAUUACAUAUAAUGUUGAUUUGUUCUCCAAGUUUGGGUCUGAUUUGUUCUGAAUUUAAUUAAAAUAUGUUCCGAUUAUUGUAGCUUUGUUCUCCUUGUUUGUUUUUUAUUUAUUCUGAUUUUAAUUGAAACAUGUUCUGAUUAUUGUUGAUUUGUUAUCCUUAUUUGGUUCUGAUUUUAAUUGUGCAAAUUUUGAUCUGUUUUAGAGAUUUAUUUGUUCUUUAUCAAAUUAUGGAUUUGGACGGUUUUGAUUUGGUGUAACAUGAUCAGCUUUACCGCUUCCUUGUGAGGAGGACCGGCAGCAACUUCAAUGUCUACUGAAGGGCAAGGUUUAUUUUUCCCUCUCUUAUCUUUCUCAGUGGAUUCUCUUGGAGGUAACAGCAGAACUGUUAUGAUAGGUUGUGAAUGCUUCAUGAAAUUACCACCUGAAAUUGGAAAUUUGGAGAAACUUGAGAAGCUUGAUCUUGAUGAGACUCAGAUCACAGAUCUGCCAAAAGAGGUCCAGAGGAUAUUGAGGUUAGAACAUGGCUUCAAUUAGGGUGUUAGAGAUGCUUGGAAACCCCAUCAAGUUGAGUGGUACAGCAAGGUCAGCACCAUCAGCUUCUAGCCCUGCCACCUUCAAGACUGUGGCUCUCUUUGGUAAGAAGGCAGCACCACCUCCUCCUUCAAAGAAAGCUGUUGCUGCUGUCACUCCUGCCAAUGAUGAACUCGCCAAGUGGUAUGGGCUUGUAUGCGGGAACAAGUAGAGGAAUCAAGAAUUCACAAUGCAGUUUCUUAGGUGCAACUAAGGUGAAUUUUCCCAGCCAAACAAUGUCCAGAACUUGUCAACUCAAUCACAAACAUAAAACACAUUCUGGGGCACUCCAUGCUACCUGCCAGGGUGACAAGAUCCUGGUAGCUAACAGAGGCAAAAUCCUGGUUCGUGCUAUUCGCACUGCUCAUGAAUGGGGAAUACCCUGUAUGGCUUUGUACUCAACCAUAGACAAGGAUGCACUUCAUUCAAAUUGGCUGAUGAAUCCGUCUGCAUUGGCGAAGCGCCAACUAGCCAAUCGGAGAUUUCAGAUACAAAGUUGGUUUGAGGAUAGGCUGCAAGACUUACCAGAUGACCCUAAUAAUGAAUUGAUGAUGCCCAAAGACCCUGAAUGUAAUAAGGAAGGCCAAGGAUAAGCUUGAGAAAUCUGUAGUGGCGGAUAAUGAAUCUGGGAAAAGUAUAGAGAGUGAAGUUAGAACCAGUUCUGGGAUGUUUCUCGGCAAGAAGCAGUGAAGUCAUUUAGUUCUGGAUUUUCAAAGGAAGAGACUACCUGAGGCGUGAUAAGCAUUUUCAAAGGAAGAGACCAAGGUGGUUGCGUGGUGGUUGCUGGCGAAUCCAAGGAGCGUGCCAUCGCUUCAAAGCUUGGCUGCUCAUGGUUCAUUGAGAGCUAGAAGGAAGGCUGAUGCAUUAUUAAGGUUGCUCAAUAGAUGCCGCUCUCAGCCUCAUCAUUCUCUUUGAUUCAUAUAUGUAUUCAUAUAUGUAUUUUGCAAUGACCAUGGAUUUGUAUAUUCUUCUUGUCAUUCUUAUAAGUUUGUUACAAUGAGUUCUCAUUAGGAAAUAAUCCUUAGAUGACUUAAUUACACAAGUUGUCAAAACAUAUUGAAUUUCUUUGUUGGAUUCAAUCACAUUUAUUUA